AUGACCAGCGAUGACCAGCAAUGCCAGAUUCCUCACAAAUGCAACACCCUAAACCCACUCUACCUAUGCUCGAUCAAGGCAAGCGCCAAACCAGAAACACGCGAACUCCUUCUCAAGUUCAUCCCAUUUGACUCAGGAGGAGCCGUCCGCCGUCAUUGGUCGCUCAAAAGGGAAACGAGACGCCACACCUGGGGAUGCCGAUCGGCGAUCGUCCGCUCGCAAGCCAAUGAACCUUAUGAAGCCCCAUUGCGGGUUCAAUAG